AUGUUGAACAAGCCCUGGGAGAAGCCCUCGGAGAAGCUGAGUGCUACCUAUGAAAUCUCAAGCAUACCAUCGUUUGAAGACGAAGGUAUAAAGAAAAAUGUCGUUGGACUUGAUCUUUUCGAGCAUGCGGACGAGAUUUCUGACGAGGAGAUGCAGGCCGAAUUGACCCGCAUCAGACGCAAGGUCGACUGGCGCAUCAUGCCGGUGCUCUGUAUCACCUAUACGCUCCAGUUUCUUGACAAGUUGAGUUUGAACUAUGCCUCGGCAUACUCCUUGAAAUCCGACUUGGGUCUUACUGGCCAGCGGUACUCUUGGGUGGCCGCCAUCUUCAAUUUUGGCUACUUGUUUUGGGCGUUUCCUUCCAAUUGGAUCAUCCAGAAAGUGCCCGUAGCCAAGUACACGUCGGUGAUGUUAGUGGUAUGGGCAAUAAUUUUGAUUUGCCACAUUGCCGCCACCAACUAUGCGGGCAUGUUGGCGUUGCGUUUUAUCUUGGGCAUGUUCGAAGCAGGAAUCUCGCCUACGUGCAUGAUGAUAUGCGGUAUGUUCUACUCCAAAAACGAUCAGCCUUUUCGCAUGUGCACCUUCUUGAGUUGCAACGGGAUUGCCACUGUUCUUGGCGCGCUUCUUGGAUUUGGGCUUGGCCAUGCAGACGGCGGCUCGCUCCAGUCGUGGAAAUUGAUUUUCUUGACUAUUGGGCUCAUGAAUCUAGUAUGGGCCGUGGGCUUCUUUUUCUUGACACCCGACUCGCCCGCCACGGCCGGUUUUCUUACAGAACGAGAACGCACUAUUCUAAUCAAGCACAUAUCCGAAAACGACCAGGGUGUCAAGGACCAACGGUUCCUCUGGCCACAGGCCUUGGAGGCCAUGAAAGAUGUGCAAGUUUACAUCUUCAGUUUGAUUGGCUUGGCAUGCGGCGUCAUCAAUGGUGGUGUGUCCAAUUUCCAGUCGUCGUUGAUUGCCGGAUUUGGCUUUGGUCCUUUGGCUACCACUGCUUUGCAAAUGCCCACGGGUGCCAUUGAGUUUGUGGUAGUUUUUGCUUGUGGGCUUAUUGCCUUGAAAGUGCCCAACACACGGUGCAUUAUAUUCUGUGGUCUUUGCGUGCCUGGAUUGGCGGGCUUGAUAGGCAUUCACUUGAUUGAGAACAACAGCUGGGCGCUGGUGGGGUGCACAUGGCUUCAAUAUAUCAUUGGCGGGCCAGUGAUUUUGAGUUGGAUAUUCAUCAAUGCCAACAUUGCAGGAAGCACUAAGAAAACGGUGACCAGUGCUCUUUGGUUCAUGUUUUAUGCCGCUGGAAAUAUCACGGGUGCCAAUAUCUUUUUUGCCGAGGAGUCGCCUGAUUACACCAGCGCGAUGAUCGGGCUCAUGACCUCAUAUUCGGGCAUGAUUGCGCUCGGAAUUGGCUACUACUUUCUUUGCAGAUGGCGGAAUGCCAAGCGAGAGCAGGAGCAGGGUGAAUAUACGGAAAAGAUCAAGAAGCAGGCGAUGCUUGACGGAUUUGCUGGUAUGACUGACUUCGAAAACAGAGGCUUUAGAUACUCUUUAUAG